AUGAUUAAGAAAGGCUACGAGACGAUAAAAACAGACGAAGAUGAUGAUAACCAUUCGGUCACUCAUCCUGCGAGUUCUGCAAAUUUUCUUUCGCUUCUAACCUGUUGGUGGAUGAACAGCACAUUCAGAAUAGGAAACAAGCGGCCAUUAAACCAAUCAGAUUUCCUACCGCUGAACGAAGAAGACAGAACACGUGACCAAACAGAACGUCUUCAAGAACUGUGGGAUUUUGAAGUGCAAAGAUGUAGCACCAAUGCUGAUCGAAAGCCAAAGCUUUGGAAAUGCUUUCUAAUGAUGCUAUCCUGUAAAGAAGUUCUGUUUCUAUUGAGUUUUUGGUUCCUGGAGUCUAUCUUCUUGGUUUCAGUUCCUUUAGUGCUCGGGCUGCUUCUCAGCUCAUUAAACUCCGCAGAGAUAGAUCGACCCCUUGUAUACGGCUGCUGUUUGGUUAUAGGAAUGACAGGAGUAUUUGCCGCUACCACACAUUACGCUGAAUUUAGAUGUGAUCUUCUGGGCAUGCGCUUGAGUAGUGCUCUCAAAGGAAUUAUUUAUCGAAAGGUGAGUGAUAAUUGAACGAAGAGUUUUCGUUGCUUCGUUUCAUUUCUUCUUACUUCUUCUUCUUCUUUUUUUCUUCAUCUUCCACUGAUCUUCUUUUUCCUAGUUCUGUUAUCAUUAUAAUUAUCGUUUUCAUUAUCAUUAUAAAGCUUUUUGUGGUGGUCGUCUUCCCGAAUCGCACAUGAUGUUUUGGUGAAAUACCUGAUCCCGAAAAUACUAUUUUACGCAGGUUCAUUGUGUUUAAUAAAAAAUAAUCUGAAUUGAAAUCAAAACAUGACAAUUUUUUUACAGCUUUUACUUUGGAUAUCACGUUAGGUGCCAGAACGGGUAAGAUUUAUCAGUGCAGUUUCACAUGAUAGAAUUAAUUUAUUUGCAGAUUCUUUUGGUCACUCAACAAAGCCUGCUAAAAACAACAACGGGUAACGUCAUGGACUUGAUAUCAAACGAUGUCCAGAGAAUGGAAACGGCUCCUACUGGGAUAUGCGUUUGUUUCUUUUCUUUUUCCGACAUCAUCGUUGUAUCUGCUCUUGUGUAUUACCUUAUUGGCUGGCAAGGACUUAUGGGAAUUCUGUUUUCAACGAUGUUACUUCCUUGUGUGUUGUUUAUAUCAUCGGUUUGUGCCAGACUUCAUCUAGAAAUCUCUAAGGUAUCAGAUAGACGUAUUUCACUGAUGAACGAACUUGUGACUGGUAUCCGUGCCUUAAAGACGCAUGCGUGGGAGGAAUACUAUGAAAAGAAAGUAAUGGAUGUGAGAAGGUGAGAAAGGUAGUUUAUUGUAUUAUAUAAUACCAAUUUAUGUACUGAAGCACACGUACCAACUCCGCGGUAUGGCCAGUACCUUACGCAUGCGCACAAUCAUAUCAUUACGGCAGUGGCAGUAAUUGGUAUUGUAUAUAGCCUUCGUGUAGCCACACCCUCCCCCCGACAAAGGAAAAACGGAGAGAGGGAAGAAAGAGGGAGCUUUCUCUCUUUGUUUUUUCUUUGUCGGGGGGAGGGUGCGGCUACACCUAGGCUAAUCGUACACAUUUAGCAAUUCUUGAAUGAGACUGCGUACGAUGUGAUGCAGUUCAGGUAGGACAUUAGCCACCAAGGCUGAGGGCCGAUCGGAAGUGGAUAAUUGCGAAAACUUCGAAAACAUGAAAGAAUUAUUUCACGUGAAGAGGCCGCCAUAUUGAAGUUUCAGACAAUAGUAGUGUUUAAUUUUCAAAUGGCCGCAAAAAGUCCUAUUUCCACUCAUUCACGACAAACUAAACUACAUUGUAGUCUUGUACUUAAAAGGCCGGUCUACAUAACAACAGAAAUUCAGGAUAAAAAACAGUCACGUAAAUCUUUUAUCAUGACUUCCGUGAAAACCUACCUCCAGGCGUUGAAAACCCAACUUGAUAACUUGACCAAAGUCGACUGCAUGCUCGGUCAAGUGACUUCUAGAGGUUUGCCGUUUGAGGUUUCUGAUGAAAGUCUGGGUGUUAGUCUCUAUUAUUGAGUUUUCUAAAGGGUGAUUCUAAGAAUAAAUGAUUAAAUUUGUUAUUAAGGCCUUCGCGUGUAUUUUUGUCAAAAUCUUAUGUAUAAGAUUUAUUAAUAGUAACAAUGUUUUUCUUCAUUAAUUUUCAGCUCAGAGUUAUGGAUUAUUCUUAAAAAGAGUGCCCUGUUAUCUCUCGUGCAGGGUGGAGAACAAUCGUCAGCAAGCCUUUCGGCGUUUCUAUCGAUAGUCACCCUAGUCCUUACGGGCCGAUUUGUUUCGACUUCUAAGGCUUUCAUGCUACUCGCUCUUUUGAACGUUCUUAUCAAAAUGAUCGUCAACAGAAUGGGACAUGCUGCUCCUGGGGUCUUUGAGGUCUUUGCUUCCUUUGAAAGAAUUGAACGUUUCCUUUUACGGGAAAAUGUGUCACGGCUUGACUCAGCCGAAUACACUGAGAAUUUUUGUAGCGAAGAAAAUGCUCAGGUGAAAUCACCUGUAGAGGAACAGAAAGAACAUCGGACUAUUGAAAAUGGCAUCGUUGAAAACCAUAAUGGAGUACCAGGCAAAAGAGAUUCGAAACUAUCAGUCUCGGGACUCUCGUGCAAACUGGAUAAUUCGAGUGAAAAGUUUCUUCUCCGAGAUAUCAGUUUCCUUGCUCGUGAAAAUAGUCUUACCGUAGUUACCGGUCCAGUUGGGGGUGGAAAGUCAACCCUCCUGGCCACAAUCGCUGGUGAGGUGAUGAAAACAAGUGGUGAAAUAUUUUGCCAGGGGACUAUAGCUUACGUGCCCCAAUCGGCGUGGGUUUUCCCGGGGACUAUCAGAGAGAAUAUAUUAUUUGGUGAGCCAUUCGAGGCACAAAGAUAUGCCGACGUUUUAAAGGCCUGUUCGCUAGCAGAGGACAUCAGCAGAUUUCCCCGAGGAGAUUUAACAUACGUUGGAGAACGUGGUGUUGUGUUUAGUGGUGGUCAGCGGGCGCGGGUCAGUCUGGCACGCGCAGUGUACGCAGAUGCAGACGUGUAUAUCUUGGAUGAUCCUUUAAGCGCUGUGGAUAUUAAGGUGGGUGAACACAUAUUUGAAGAAUGUAUCUGCAAGCUUCUAGGAAACAAGAUUAAAAUACUGGUGACAUAUGCAGAGACUUGUCUCAAAGCAGGCGACCAGGUUGUUGUUCUUCACAAAGGAUCUGUGGCAGGAAAAGGCACCUUCCAAGAGCUGCAAGAAGAUGAAAAAAUCCUAGAUAUUAUCAAAGAUGUCUCAGCUAAUAACAAAAGAAUAAAGAAAGUGAGUCCUGGAAAAGUUAAAGAAAAAGUCAUGCCUGCCAUGUGUAGCAAAGACGCGGCCUUGACCAGUGGCGGCUUUGGUGAAAAUUUGGAGAUUUCAGAAGAAGAGAUGGCCACAGGAAGUAUUUCAUUUGCUUUGUACUGGAACUACAUUCGAGCGGGAAUGCAUCCCGUAGCAAUUAUAUGCUUGCUUCUCUUUUUUCUGGUGACGCAAGGUAAGGAAACUAACCAUAACCUUCCGUGAACCUUAAGGGGGGUGUAUCAUGCACGGCUGUCUGGAAUUCACUCUGAUAGUAUUGCCAAUGACGCUUUCUUAUGCACUAUGACAGUUAACGUUAACCAAGAAAUUACUUCGCUCAAUUGGUGGAAGUCACUCCUGAUAGUUUUUUUGAUAAAAUUCGUGGCACAGCUCUUUUAAGCUGCAUUAAAUUGAGGUGAUUCUGAAUACAAAUACAUUGAUUUACUAGUCCAAACUGCAGAGGCCUUCAAACCACAACGUAGAAGAAUCUAAGCCCUUCUUAUGAAGUCAGUAACUUUUAGUUUUAGCAGAAUUCAAAUAAAAAUCUCCUCAAAAAUCCAUGAAGCAUUUCCAAAUUCUAAUUCGAUCUGGACCAUUAAACCAGUUCUAAGAACAAGUGUUUCGUGGGUAAACAAAUUACAAUUACAGUGAUUACAAUUAUGUUUUUCCAGUUGUGGAUGAUAUGAUAGAAGCGGCUUCCAAAAUGAAAAACAUAAGCAUUGCAAGGAACUGCUUACAGACAUGUUCACGGCAGGAAUCCCUUUCGCCUUUUUCUUGAAUGCUCUUGGUUGUGUAAGCACAAUGAUUCAAUAUUUAGAUUUAGACUUCAAACGUAAACCCCUGUUCCUUUUCCUAAUGUGCCACAGAGAUUUUUAAAAGCCUUUACAAAAGCUUUUCAGUAAGGUUUAUUUACUGAUGCUUCAUGUUCAUUAACAUAAUAACUAUUCGGAGUCAAUUAUUGUUGUUGGCGGAGUCUCGCUUUGAGUAAGCUCUGUUUGCUGGGAUACCAAAUAAUGAAAAUUUUAUUUUGGGAUGAAUUUGGCGACAGGAGUGACCGAUUAUUUAAUUUAAGCAUAUUAUAAAGCUAGGAAAAUCCGGUUUCACAAGAUGAUUCGAUCCAAACAAAGGAGAGGGCAAACCCGCCAUCCCAGAGAGUAAAAUGAACCAAAAGGGAAGGAAAGGAGGGUAUAAAUUCUGUCCUAAAUUUUUUGUUGCAGUGAGCAGAGAGGCUUCGUGCCUCCCCUUUAUACACAUAUAAUUCCCGGAUGGCAGGAAGGCCCUCUACUGGCAGCUGGAGAAAUGAAACGUUGAUCAGUCACAUUAAGAAUAAAACCAUUUAUUUUUUUCAGAAAUAACUUUCAUUUUCGUCUUAUCUUCCCUCUUUCUCUGCAGUUGUGCUGGUAGCGCCAAAUAUCUGGCUUGCCAUUCUGACCAGAAUGACCAAGAAAAAACAACAAGAUGCCACAACAAUUCAAAUUUAUGGCAUCCUUGUUGCCGCUGCUUUUGGUUUGGGUAUCGUCCGGGCCUUUCUUUUGUUCCAUGUUUUACUGAGAUCAGCCCAAGCUCUCCACAACAGGAUGGUUACCUGCCUUCUAAAAGCGCUAGUAUUAUUUUUUGACACGAAUCCCGCCGGAAGAAUACUCAACAGAAGUUCAAAAGACAUGGGCUGCAUUGAUGAGCUCUUACCCACCACAUUUCUGGCAGUAGUUCAGUAUUUUAUGAUGUUAAUUACAGCAGUGAUUCUCCCUUCAGUAAUAAACGGUUGGUUUGUCUUUGUCACGCUACCCUUAAUAGCUGCUUUUGUGUACUUGACGUGGUAUUACUUGAACACCUCAAGGGAACUUAAGAGGCUGGAGUCAAUCUGCCGUAGUCCCGUUUUCUCGCACUUCUCGGAGACCAUGGAGGGCUUAAGCACUAUUCGCACUCGAAAGAAAGAAAAAGAUUUUCUAAUACAAUUUUACGGGUAAGAUAUUUUUUCACUUGUCGCAAAUACUUACUACUACUUUUCAUCAUGCUGCUUAAAUAUUUUUUUUAGGUAAAUAAGCUAUUUCUCACAAGGUUAGUGGUCGAGAGUUAUUCUGUGUGAGAGUAUGUGAAACGAUUCUCGACUAAGAUUUUUAGAGUAACAGAACGUUGAUUUUUACAGGAUCGAUUUGUAGAGCAAAAUGCACGCUAAAUUCUUUAGCAAUGAAUGUGACAAUGAACAGUUUUCAGCGCGUACCAAAUGCAGCGUUAAGGGUUCUGGUAGGGCCUUGUGCGGAAAAUUGGCGACAGUUGUGUUCAAACAAUUUGAGCAGAAUUGCAAGAAUAGUUGCGCAGAAAAUCUUCCGCCCUGGGAAUCAGCUCAGCAAACUUUUCACGAACCCUUGAUAAUGCAAUUAUUUCUGUAUGGAAUAGAAGUGUGCAGUGUGAUCUUUUCAACAGAAUAACCGGUGACAUUUGUUAUGUAUUGAAUAACUUGGCAAACUUGAAUAACUUCGUCUCAUUCUGCAAGUUCCAGCUGAAUGAGACGAAGUGCAACCACCACAAAUCCUCAUCUCCUUGCACUAAAGUUUAGUACAAAGGAGUCUCUCGAACUCGAUCCUAUUGUUAUUAAUGACAAGCUGAUUGAUAUUCCAUUGCAUGCUAAGAUCCUGGGUGUAAACUGUCUCAAGCCACUUAAAAUGGAACCAUCAUAUUGCCGAAAUUGUUAAGAAAGCUGGGAAACCGCUGUUUAGUCUCUCUCGUGUAAUUCCUUUCUCUGGUGUCUCAUGUGUGUUUAUCAUUAUCAUUUAUUAUUAUUAUUAUUAUUGUUACAAUCAUUAACAAUAAUUGGACGAGGUUGAGCAACGUAUCGUGAUUUGUCAGUGGAGAGCAGAUAAAUUUAGUUGAAGCCGAAGGCUGAGGCAAAUAAUUGAUCUGCGAGACACUGACAAAUCACGAUAUUUUGCGAUAACCUAGCUCAAUAACUGUUUUAUCUUUCGAUCACCGAAGUUUUUCAAUGAAUAUCUUCGGGAAGCGAAGCGAUCUGCCAUUUUUGCGCAAGAGCGAUCGCAAGAAGGAUAAAAGCCUGGUUUCAUUUGCGCAUGAGCAGAAUAUUAUUUGCAACCAAACACAUUUGAACGACAUUGCGUAUGAGCACUCCAUUAUUUGUAGGCAGUUAUUUGCAAGUCACGUGGUGGGCUCUCGGCCAAUGAAAAGGAAGAAAAUUUUACUUGAGUGAUAAUCAUCAUUCUUUUUCGUCUGUAGACAUCAAGAUCUGCACAACGAAGCGUUUUACAUGGUGAAAGCAAGUUCGUUUUGGUUGGCAGUUAGAGCGGAUCUCUUGUGUUCUGUGUUGAUCACUGCAGUGGCUUUUGCUUUCGUUCUUCUGUCUCAAGAGCCAGGUAAAGGAAUGCAGCUUAGAUUUAAUCAAAUGUUCAUCAUUACUGAAAUUUUAUUGCGUUAUCCUAUACACCAGAUAGUAAUUUUGAAAUCUCUACAUCUCCGAACAGCUCAAGUGCAGUCAGCGUGAGAGAAUAUACUGACAAAAUCUGGUUUUUGGCUCGAUAAGGGUACAUGACUCGGUCUGUGACCACGUGACAUGGAGGCCAUGUUGGUGUUCAAAGAAUGUACAUGAAAAUGGAGUUUAGUUCUCAGACGAGAGAGAUGUUUUUGUUCUUGAUCACCAAAAUGGCUGCCAUGACGUCACGUGAAAACCAGCAAUAACCCAGGUUGAGCCAACUAGGUUGAGCAAAGAGCACUCUUGGCAAAACCAUUAAAGGUCAAAUAUUCAGGGCGCUUAUAAUCAGAGCUGGAUACAUUACAUAUUAAGCAACUACGCUUUUCCGCGAAAAUAUUAAGAAAACCUAGUUGUCAGAGUCACUUAACUUGGCUACAAUAAAACUCCACUCAGAGUAGGGUGACUUUCGAGGCCCUCCCCAACUUGAAAGUUUAAUAACUUCUAAACCGCUUAGGUAUAACAGCCAAAUUCGUAACUUUUCUACGGGACAAGACACGAUGACGUUACAUUAGGGCAUUUUUACACUAAAAUGCAGUAUACAUGUACCUAGUUGUUACAGAUAAUGAGUGCAUCAUGAUCAUCGCACGCUACUGCAGAGUACUUAUUCCUUAAAAGGUUGCGCAAGAAACCUUUCCUACUUACUGCGAGCUGUGCCGACUCAUGCCAUGUUAAUUUCUCUUCAGCAGACUUGUAUUUUAGGGCAAAUACAAAAUAAGAUCGACCUGAGGGACUUUUUGUGAGCCCGCAAGAGUGAAAAACCAUGGCCACCACAAACCCUUGUUUUGAUUUCACUAAAACCGCUGGACACAAAACCUCCCCUGGGUCGAUGUUACAUUGUCACAACCGUAUUUCAGAGACGUUUUCGCCCCAUGAAAGGUGACCCAAGACAGUCUUGGAUUCUGGAUUCCACGCGGUGGAUUCCGGAUUUCUCGAACUGAAUUUCGGAUGCUAGGAUUUCGAAUUCCACGAGCUAAAAUUUUCCAGACUCUGGAAUCCGGAUAACCUUAGCGACGGGUCAUUAUUUAUCGCCGGGGGGGGGGGGGGGGGGGNUUCUCAGUUACGACUGAUCCCCCAUUUUGUUCUCCUAAAAGUCAAGUGAUCCCCCCAAAAAUACUCCCCCCCCCCCCCAGGCGAUAAAUAAUGACCGGUCCCUUACAUGGGGCGAGAAGUAUAUAUCAGGCUGAUUUAGCAACAGACCGGGAACGUCAUUUGACGACAGGAAAGCGCGCGGAAAGGACUAAAUUCGACUUCCGGUGCGCAUUUGCAGCUCUGCCAUUGGUCAAGCCGGUUGUUUGAUUUGCGCGCGCAGUCGUCAACUGACGUUCCCGUUCUGUUGCUAAAUCAGCCUAUUUAACGCUCCGUCUGCAACGCACGUCAACCGGAUGUGAGCGUUUUUCUCUUUUAAUAUAUCUUAACUCUACCAUAUUUGUAUUGCUUAGAGUCAAUUUACUCUUAAAGAGAGGUUUUGCCCAAGAAUUUGUUCAAAAUCACGGCGGAAGGGUGCAAAAACUCCACUUCCGGUUGACGUGCGUCGCUCAAAAACGUCGCUGCUCAAACUUCCUAAGAUGUAUACAAUACUUUUCUUAUAGCAUUGACUGGUCUUGUCCUGGUCUACACCAUUAACACUGCCAAGAUGUGCCAGUUUGCUGUGCGGCAAUUUGGAGACGUUGAAAAUGCGAUGACGUCUGUCGAGCGAAUCAUGGCCUACACCAAACUGGACUCUGAACCAGGGUACAAAAUCAAGGCACUUCCGCCAGAGAACUGGCCAAGUGCUGGUCAUGUGAGCUUCAGAGAUAUUUCGUUGAGGUACUAUCCAGGUGGACCAAAAGUUCUGAAAAAUUUGUCUUUUGAAAUUCAAGAGAAACAAAAAUUAGGAAUUGUCGGUCGCACAGGAGAUGGGAAAUCGUCAAUUGUAGCGGCUCUUUUACGCAUGCCUGAGGCGGACGGAGAGAUAGUCAUCGAUGGCGUCUCAGUAAAAACUAUUCACUUGCAAGAAUCACGAAAAAGUGUUUCUGUUCUAAGCCAGUCGCCCGUGCUUUUGAGUGGAACCCUUAGGAAAAAUCUCGAUCCCCUUGAGAAGCACAGAGAUGAUGAAUUAUGGAAUGUCCUUGAAGAAGUAAAAAUGAAGAAACUGGUGGAGAACCUGGAGGGUCAACUUAACUACGAGCUUUUAGAGAGAGGUGAGAACCUAAGUGUCGGUGAACGCCAGUUGAUCUGCUUAGCUCGCACGUUGCUACAGCAAAAUAAGAUCGUCAUCUUAGAUGAACCGACAGCAUCCGUAGAUCCUAAAACAGAGCAAACAAUCUGGACAACGGUGCGCGAGAAACUGAAGAAUUCCACGGUCAUUAUAAUUGCUCAUCGUCUGAACACUGUGAAAGACUGUGAUGAAAUUUUAGUUAUGAAAGAAGGCCAGGUAGCUGAGAUGGACUCCCUUGAUGUACUACUUAGUCGCGAGGGCGGGAUUUUUCACAACAUGGCCGCUUCUCAGGAUUUAUUUUCCUAGUUGUGAAUAAGGCCCGGUUGAGACUCAGAACGCUUAACGAGCCGAACCUAAUUAUAAUUCGACCAAAAUUAUUUAGACCGACUGAAUUGAUUCAGACGCCGAUCUUAAUUCCAGCUGAACUAAAUCCAAAAGGUGAAAAAUGCUCGUUUCGGUCAAACUGCUCGCAAAAUUACGUUAUAAUAAUUUAUGCAUUAGGUUAGGCGCCAUUUACGUACGGCGCGUGAAUUAAAGCCGUCUCACCAAAGUCUUAGUCAAAUCGGGCUAGGCGGGAAGAACGGCUGAGCCGUUCCAAAUAGAGAUUGACGUUCCUAAUUGAUUCAGACGUCGAAAUUUUCAUGUGUUUAAUUCGUUAUUAGUUUCGGCGUCUGAACCGGGGCUAAAUCCUUUCAUUCUAUAGAAAACAGGAAAGAGUGGGUCCUAUGAAUUAAGAUCGAUAAACUUCUUUUAGUAUAUACCAUGUACGAAGAUUCUUGAAGGUUAUCUAAUCAAUUCCCUACGAUUUUUUGAAGAUUUUUUUUGCAUUUCCCUCCUAGGUUAGGCUAUAUUUCAUAGAAAAAGGAAACCUAAAAUUAGAGAAUUCUCAUCUCCAUAAAGCUUUAAAUUGAAUAUAAAAUUUUCGGGAAAGCCGGCCCUUGAAGCCCUUUCGUUAAAACUCAAGUUACCUCCACGAUAACCGAAGGCUAGUUUUACAGCGCAGCUUAUGCAUUUCUAAAGAUCUAAAGUACUUUAACUCUAAAUAGCCUAAAUUUGUUUAAAAAAUUGAAUAUACUUUGGUGGCCGUUGUCAAUUCUUACUGUUAGAGAGCCGUAGAAGCGAGAGAAUGACAUUCUCCAAAUCAUAUAAUUAUAAAAUUUGAAAAGAACCAUCUUCGGGUAUCUGGAACCCCUAUUAAGCAAUAACAUCCACCAAAAACUAUCUCGCAAUGUACCAUACCCCAGCCAUCAUUAAUCCGAGACAUAUGGAGGUCGUGCUUCAGUGUUAGUGCUUUCUCCUAAGAAACUCAAUUAAGGAAGUCCGAUUACAGAAUAAAUUAAAAAUGCAGUCAAUUAUACAGAAUUUAAAGUCGAGCAUAAAAAAAAAUUAUUUCAGAGAUAUUUUUUUGGAUUAUUUUAUUAUUUUAAUAUUUUUCUGCCUCGUUCUCUGUUCUCUCGUUCCCGUUCUCAUCCCCCUCUCGUGUUUCUCGUUUACCCCGUGCUCGAUCCCAUUAAGCCUUGGGAGAGCCUAGGGUGGCAGGCAGAUAUGUAUUAUGUCUGUAUGUCUUAUUCUCACAGAAUGACCGCUCUAGAAUGCCUCAAUGAUAAAUCUUAAAACAGCAGCCUCUGUGGAAAAUGAAUUGCCGGGCUUCUUCUUUGUGAUAAAUCUACAAAUUUGUACAAAGCACAUCUUUAAAUGUUAUUUUGACGUUUGUAUUUCUUCUUAUUCUUACGCGUACUUUAAAUGCUUUAUCUACGGCUUAUCUCUGUAGUUAAUAUGUAGACUCAAUAUUGAAUGAAAUUUUUUUUAAUAAAGUGCAAUAAAG